AUGGAGUCUGCUGUGCGCUGGUCCCCGACCUCGUCGGCCACCGAACAACGUUUCCUCUCGGUCGAUGUGACGGGGAAGUCAUUUCAUCUCUGUAAAGUGGCAGGCUUUGACGGCAAAGCCUUGCGACACGAGGUGCUCACCACCCUGACCGAUGUUCCUCUCUUCCGUGCGUUCGACUGGUCUACAUCCAACGAGAAUUUAAUUGCCGUGGGGCAAUCGUCCGGCGAGGCCACCGUCUUGCGCCUCGACGCCAACGCCAAGGAGUCUCUAUCAUUCCCGGUGCGCAACCAGCGAUACUGCAAUGCGGUCGCAUUCAGCACCCAUGGCCUGGUGGCAUCGGGUCUUGACCGCGUCCGCAACGACUUCUGCUUGAAUAUCUGGGAUGUGAAUCAGCGACUCAGCCCCGCAGGCGGAUACAUAGGGUUUACUGAGCCAUUGAGAAAGCUCGCGAGCUCCGAGCCUAUCACCAGUAUCAAGUUUUUCAGAGACCAUCCCGACACACUGGUUACGGGUGUCAAGGGGCAAUUUGUACGGAUCUAUGAUCUUCGAGAGGGACCUGGCAAUCCGUCCCUACAAUUUCCUACUCGUUGUGUUCACAAUCUGGCGAUUGAUUGGCUCGAUGAGAAUUAUAUUGCAUCCUGCUUCCCAUCGAACGAGAGCACCAUCUGCGUCUGGGAUCGACGCGUGGGAUCCCGGCUGGCGUCGCCAUCCAUCGGUUCCUCUGCGGGCAACCCGGAAUCAGCUCAAGCAGCGACUGCGCUGCAAUUCAAGAAUGUAUUCAAUCCCAAAGCAUCGAUCUGGAGUUUGCGCUUCUCCAAAACCAAUCGAGGCUACCUGGGUGCUCUCUCGAGUACCGGCCACUUUAAAACCUAUGAUAUCGCCAAGGACUACUUGUCGGAAGAAUAUCGCGCCUCAAUCGACGACACUCUUGGUCAGGGCUCCUUCAGAAACUACCCGGAACCGGUCUAUACCAAACACGUGAGGGACGUAUGCGCGCCGUUCGAUCAUCCUGCUCGCGGCUGCACAGAAAAGGAACGAAUCGUGACAUUCGACUUCCUCAAUUUCAACAUAUCUUCCCAACCUAGCGCAAUCGCACUCGAUGGAAACGGUCAAGCGCGGAUCGUUAACACGCGGCCACCAUGUGCGCCUGUCGAUUUAUCCUCGCAGGGGGUCUUGGCGUGUGGUGUUUCAUCCAAUGAUUCCGACAUCCGGGCGAUUCACCCUCUGUCCGAGCAUAUUUCCCCCAUCUCCGAGUUGGUUGAGAAUAUUCGGACACGAGUCCUGUCCAGUUCAAAAGACCCUGAAGCAGGGGCAAACAGCCAAUUGCCCGCUUCCAGGGUUCUUGGCUCUGAGCCCGUCCCGAGCCGUGAAAACCGGGAACGUGCAAUGUCGCUAGGGUCCCUUGGUACUUCACUUACUGCGAAAGAGGCUUUGACACUGUCCACAUUGAGUCGAUUCCGAUGCAAAGAAGGCUAUCUCUUUGAUGAGGCCAGAAACCAGCAAAUCCUAGCAGAUGAUCAGGCGCUGCAGGAUUGUUGGAGCUGGGUCCAACGUGCCCGAGCCGACUCGUCUGGGAUGACCAUGGUUGUCAAUGGCCUAGACAUGAACUAUCUGGGCGUAAGAAAUGUUUGGAACAACGAUCUCGGCCAUGGCUUUGAAAAGAGGCGAAUCAGCUCCAAGGCGGACGACCCGAAGAGUGUAGCGGAAGCGGUCAUCUAUUUAGCGGAACAGUUGAAUCUGCCCGAAAUCAAAGGCUGCGAGACGGCGUAUCCGGAACACCGCCGUCUCUGUCUCCGACUAUGUGGUGCAGCACAAACCCACCGUGAACUUGAGGAGUUGGUGAAGAACCUGUCUGCCGAGAACCAACACACCAAAGCAGCGGCCUUGGCUAUUUUCCAGGAUGAGCCCAAGCUCGCAUAUCUGGGGCUUCGGAGCAAUGAAUCUACGCAAGCCCAUAAACUAUUGUCUAUGGCUAUUGCCGGUGCCGCCAAGGGAGACAAUGGGACUGACUGGGAGGAGACUUGUGCGGAGAUUGCCAAAGAACUCACUGAUCCUUACGCGCGAGCAAUUCUUGCGCUGGUCAGUAAGGGCGACUGGAAUGCAGUCAUCAAAGAGACUACACUGCCCUUGCGGUAUCGCGUAGAAGUCGCCCUCCGCUGGUUACCCGAUGCCGAGUUGACCACUUACUUGAAGGAGGCUACCUCGGAAGCAAUGCGCCAGGGGGAUAUUGAGGGUGUGGUGCUUACGGGACUGGGCCACAAAGCUCUGGGACUUUUUCAGUCUUACAUCGACAAGUUCAAUGAUGUUCAGACUCCAGUGCUGGCAAUGAGCUACACGGUCCCACGAAUCAUUAGCAACCCAGCAUGCAUCACUCAAUUCGAGGCCUGGCGCGAAACCUACCGGCGACAGAUGAACUCGUGGAAGCUUCAACUCGAACGCGCGCGAUUCGACGUCGGGUCUCGUCGCUUCGCUGUGACCGUGGAUGGCCGGAAGCUCACACCCGCACCACCGCAACAAGUCAGCCUGACUUGCAACUACUGCACCCGCCCGCUCACCCAGCACGACGCCUCCUCUCAGAUCUCCCCGUCCGCAACAGGCGAAACCGUACACCCGACAGUCGGCAACCCGCUCGGGUCCUCCACCAUGUCGGGGACCGUGUGCCCGCGCUGUGGUCGGCAUAUGCCGCGCUGUGGCGUCUGCACGCUCUGGCUGGGCUCGCCGGACCCGAUGUCCCGCGCCAGCGUCGCCGCCGAUGCGGAGUCCAACUCUCGCAAGCCCAGUGAGGCCGAGGUGAUGCGGCGGUUUGUGGUUUUCUGUAUCCAUUGCAACCAUGGAUUCCAUGCGCACCACGCGCACGACUGGUUCUUGCGCCAUAAGGUCUGUCCCGUGGCGGAAUGCAACUGUAUCUGCGAUCGGUAG